UCUUGCAUGCUUAAGCAGGCUAUGAUUAUGCGGUUCCCGUGGUAACAGCCUUUUAGACCAGCAGUAUAGGCGGAGCCACGGUUGUAAACUCACGUUGCACUCUGGGCAAUCCAAUUUCAUCAACAACACAAUAAUAAGGUUAUUUUACGUGUUUAGCAUCAAUUCGCACACCGAGAGGACAGGUUUGAGGAAAACAACAAUUUGGACUUUCUCCUUACGAGGUUAAGACGCCCCUUUAUUUAUUUAAUCCAUUGGCUUUGUUUUGCUCUCAGUCACUGCCUGGCUGCAUCAGGGCAGUUCAUGGACUUCACAUCACACUGAAAUCAAACAAACUGGAUUGUCACAAAAGAUCAACCAUGGGAAACAAACGAAAAGCACCUAGUGACAUUGAUAAAUAUUCAGAUGCCAGUUCAGGAUAUUUUAGCGCUUUGGACCAGACAGAUUUUGAAGAUGUGGUACCAACCACUACUGCAACACAUAGCAUGCAGACAGCCCCACGGGUGCCUUUCAUUCCUGGUUCACAUACAGGCGUCUCUCCCAUGAUCAUAAUGAACAACCUUGUACUUAAACAGCCUAACUGUGAGACCCCUGCAUCAAAACCAUGGAGCUUAAACCCUUCAGUAGACGUGGUUCCUCAGUCCCAGCUGGUUUUCCUCCAGCCAGUCAUGUCCACUAGUGACUGCACCUCCCAAAGCUCUGGCAAACAAAAACAUUCCAAAAAGUAUGUUUCCACAUAUACAAAAAUCGCUCCACACCCUGCACAUGUGUCUCCUGUUGACUGUGGUCCCAGUACCAUCAAUAAGAAAUCAAACCACAGUGGAAGGCAUCAGCAUCUUCACCAUGAUGAUGAUAAACCACUUCACUGUUUGAAUCAGAAUGAGGCAUUUAAAGGUUAUGACGUACACCCCAAUGAUGCUUCCUGGGGCGAAUUCAAUCACAGACCUGGCGCAGACCUGGCUGUGGAAGACUCCUUUUCCAGGCUUUCCGACCCCCAGGAGCCCCAUACCACAAUUUCACCAAACUCUCAUUGCACCGACUCAGUCCUCUCCGCAUACCCUCAAAAGUGUUUCAAAGCAGAACAGAGUAGUGAUGUGGAGAAUAUCCAAGAGGCCCUUUCUUCAAGCAUGAGCAAACGUAAACGCUUCUGCAACACGUACAAUAUUCUGAAUAGGUCGGGUUUGCUGGGCAUCACGUUGCGUACCAAGGAGCUUAUCCGACAAAACAAACGUUCCCAAGCCCAGCUUCAGAGCCUGCAGGCUCAGACUGACCUAUUCCUGGAGGCCAUAUGUAGCGGAGACCCAAAGGUCUGGACCAGAUUGCAGCUUACCCUUCAGAAUUCUGGAGACUGUGAGGACAAUGCAGUCGAGUCGGAAAGAAGUGUAGAGCCAGAUAUCACAGCUGUUGGUUGUAUGAUAUAGACAGUU